AUGGACGACAACAUUUUUGCAAGACUGCAGGGCUAUGCGCAGCAGUUCCAGGCAAAUGGCGCACGGCAGUUUCAGAGUGACAACGCAGCUGCCUCGGCAUUCAUCGCUCAGCAAUUUCUUGAUAAUCCUCCGGAGCCGUUACCGAAUGAGCGACCUCUGAAGUCCGUCCCAGUGGAUACGUGGUCACCUUCAUCAUGGCGCACCAAACCCAUCAAACAAGAGGUCUCCUACACCGACCCCUCCGCCGUGACUUCCGCCCUCAGCCAACUCUCCCACCUCCCCCCAAUCGUCACGCCCACCGAGAUCCACAAACUCAAGUCCUCCCUCCGCGACGUCGCUCUGGGCAAAGCCUUCCUACUCCAAGGCGGCGACUGCGCCGAGCUCUUCUCCUACUGCUCCGACUCCCCCAUCGACGCCAAGAUCAAGCUCCUGCUGCAAAUGUCGCUCGUGCUGAUCUGGGGCGCCAAUAAGCCUGUCGUCCGCAUCGCACGCAUGGCGGGGCAGUACGCCAAGCCGAGGUCCUCGCCCACGGAGACCGUGAACGGGGCUACUGUCCUUUCCUUUCGCGGGGAUAUCCUGAACGGCUUUGAGCCCGCCGCCAGAGACUUGGAUCCCGGCCGGCUGGUUCAGGCGUACUUCCACUCCGCUGCAACGCUUAACUACGUCCGAGCGCAGUUGGCGUCGGGGAUCGCGGAUCUGCAUAACCCGCUUGACUGGGGCCUUGGCCAUGUCAGGGACCCGGCGCUGCAGGAAAGAUACCAGCGCAUCGUGAGCAGCAUUACGGAUUCUCUGCGCUUCAUGCGCACGGUUGGCGUGGACACGGGCGCGGGACUGCAGACUGUGGAGCUGUUCACUAGUCACGAGGGGCUGGUGCUUGAGUACGAGGAGGCGCUGACUAGGCGAUUGAGAAGGCCGGCUGGGUAUCCGGCAUCAUUUGCAACAGAUGAUGCGCGCGUUGACAGCGACGAGAACGCUAUCGAUGGCGAGGCUGAGGGUGAUGCCAAGGCAUUCUACAACACCUCCGCCCAUUUUCUCUGGAUUGGGGACCGCACGCGUCAGCUCGAGGGCGCCCAUGUCGAGUAUUUCCGCGGCCUGGAGAACCCGAUCGGCAUCAAGGUCGGCCCGUCGAUGAAGGCGUUGGAGUUGGUUGAGCUGUUGGACAUCGUCAAUCCGCAGAAGGAGAUCGGUAAAGUGACGCUCAUCACGAGGUAUGGUCAGGACAAGGUGGAGACAAUGCUGCCGGGACAUAUUGAGGCGGUUAAGGCGAGCGGGCAUGUUGUUGUUUGGCAGUGUGAUCCGAUGCACGGUAAUACACGGAGCACGCCCACGGGCAUCAAGACUCGCCAUUUCAGCAGCAUUUUCUCGGAGCUCUCUUCGGCGCUGAAGAUCCACAAGCUCCAUGGCUCGUUCCUUGGAGGCGUGCAUCUCGAGUUGACGGGUGAUGCUGUCACGGAGUGCAUCGGCGGUAGCGAAGGUCUGGUCGAAGAAGACUUGAGCCUGAACUAUACCACGUUCUGCGAUCCGAGACUGAACGAGAAGCAGGCCCUGGAGUUGGCGUUCCUGGUUGCUGGACAUUAUCGCGGGGAGAACGUGGUCUUGCGGCGAGACUCCAGAGCUGGGCGGGAGUAG